GCACAUGUUGGCCACCAAUCGUGCGUCAUCAAGGACCCAAGCAGCAUAAUGGCGGCCUCAGGCACAAAAUCUGUUCUGUUUGUCUGUCUGGGGAACAUUUGCAGAUCCCCCAUUGCAGAGGCCGUAUUUAGGAAGAUGGCAACUGAUGCAGGUGCUGUUGAUAAGUGGCUCAUAGACAGUGGCGCCACAUCCGACUGGAAUAUAGGCUGCUCGCCAGAUGGCCGUGGGCUAGCCUGCCUAAAGGGGCAUGGCAUUGAGAGCAGUCAUAGGGCCCGACAGGUGACUAAGGACGAUUUCAUGAGCUUUGAAUUCAUUCUCUGCAUGGACGAGAGCAAUCUGAGUGAGUUGAACCGGAGAGCAAAUUUGGUUAAAAAUCACAAAGCAAAGAUUGAACUUCUUGGUUCGUACGACCCACAGAAGCAGCUGAUCAUUAAAGACCCGUAUUACGGCAGCGAUGCAGACUUUGAAAAGGUGUACGAGCAGUGCCAACGAUGCUGCAAAGCAUUUCUGGAGGUGAACUCCUAAAAUUGUAAUAAUAACAAGCCUGUCAUCACGUAACUAACUGUGGUCAAUGUCAUGACUGGACCACCACAAGUUUCUUUGUCGCAAUUCAAACCACAUUUAGUAGCGUAGCAAUGCAUGUGUUGUAAUAAAAUAUACAACUCCCUCAA